AUGGCACAAGACCAUAGUUCCCACCCGGAACUGGUUCCAACAAUGGAAUGGGUCGAGUCAGCCGAGAUCCAGGAGAGCCUGGACAAGUUUUUCCAGACAUCUUUCUCCCAAGACAUCAACAGAAAGAUAGAGGCUGCCAGGGCCAACCCGUUGCCCGAACCCAAGAGCCGCAAGUUGAUCGCCAUCCUGGUGGAAGCGAUCCUUCUGCUCCUCGGUGUCAACCCUGCCAGCUGCCCGGAGGCCACGGAAGACUGUGUCCAACUCUGUGUCAAGAACAAUAUCUUGAAAUAUCACGCAUGGGGUGAUCUGCGUUUCGUCCGGAACCCCGACCGCAUCAGUGCCAGGCGGCUCGAGGAGAAGGCUUUGGCCACCAAGAUGCAGCUUUCAUUGCCGUUCCCCGAAGUCGGCAUGCUCAUGGUUGUCACGUUGCUUCUGAAGCUCGAGAGAGGCCCCAAAAGCGCCACUUCCCGCGCCAUCAAGGAGCAUUUUCUCUUCGAGAGAGCCAAGACGGCCGCCUUGGUGUACGAUCGAGAGUCCUGCAGCGGCAUUUUUGCCAUCAACAAUUGCCCUGAGCGCUAUUCUUUCACCGUACAGGAUGGUGACCAGGCGACAACCGUUGCCCGCACCGCGACUUCAGGCCCAGAUGACGAGUUCAAGUUGUUCGGUUUUGAGGAAACCCACAGAGAGAUCGUCAUCAAGGACAAUGGCAGUUCAUCAGACUAUCCGCCACCGAGUGGAAAGCGCUUGGCUAGCAAAAGUCCUCAGCGCACCUUGUUCCGACCAACUCCAGACGCCGAACGAGAGUCGGCGGCGAAGCAGACUUCCAACAUACACGGCACCUCGCGGCCGAUCUUUCACACAGGUGCUCAGGAAACAAAGCGCCGAAUGAUCAGCAACGGUGGAUUGGACACUGCUCGAUCCGCUUGGCCAUCGAAAGCAGACAUUGCACCAAUGGCAACCUCUCGCCGAGAAGAAGCCCCAAGGUUUCAAGCUGCUCCUCCAUGCAUACCUGUCCAAUCCAAAGUAAAUUGGAAUGAGAAAGACAUGGGCAGCAUCAUGCCAGCCCGCGUCCGUAUGCUCGAUGAUGGUAAACUCAUUAUAGAAUCCGAGGCCGUCCAGGAGAUGUUGAACGCCUUACGAGUUAUUAAGGGCGGUUUGAUCAGGUCUGAUGUCGAAGUUGCAGGAAAUGCCUACAAUCAGAUGAUAUCGGCCUUCCCAGAACGUGUUAGGGAUGCUAUUGGGUUGACUCCUAUUGGCGGAGACACUUUGGCCCAGUGCAAGAUGCAGACGUUGACAGCUCAGAGAGUCAGAAGUAGUGUUGGUAGGAUUUCCAAGGCCCUUGAGGAGGUUGAUGAAGGGGUUGCGAGCAUACGUGCGUCGCUUUCACACGAGCAUCAUUCCAUCGGAAUACUGAAGCAGCUUCUCCGUUCCCUGGAGGACGAAUUGGAGUAG